GAUAAGGUCAAAUAGAACUACAGAAGUAUCUUACUAAAAAUUAUUAUUAUAAUUUUGUAAAAUAAUAUACUCCUUUUACGUUUAAAUUCUUUGUUCAAUUAUUUUUAAAAAAAAAAACAGUAAUGAUGACGUCACUACAACUGGACUCAAAUACUAUUAGAGGUAAUUAAUAGUGUGGGAACCUUUAUAUAAGUACUGUAUAAUACUUAGAAUCUUUUAGUACUACAGUUAUUUAAUAUUAAAUAUGAUUUUGGUUAUUUUAAAUUGCCUACAGUUUCACGUUAUUCUAUUAAGUGAUUUAAAAAAACUAUAAAAUAUUAUUGAAUAAUAUUAUGUUAAUAUUAAAGGGUAGUUUCCUAUUAUAUGAGACUACUAUGUUUUGUGAAACAUCACAAUCCUGUUAUCUAAUCAAAACCGAAUUUCAAAAUUUAACUACUUUACUAUUUUCACAGGCUAUCUUAUUUUUAUUUAUAUUAACAAAUCAUAUUUAAUUAUUUGAUCAUUUGUUUAAUAUAUAUUGUGGGGAUGACCACUUUUGAAUUAUAUAAAAAAAAAAAAAUUUAAAUACACAGUGAUUAAUCAUUCAUAAUAUAUUUUAUAAGCCGUACACAGUACACGCUUUGCUCGAUGUACAGUCACAGAUAGACUGAAAAUAGUGAAAAUACUAAAAAAAUAAUACAAAGAAUAAUAUUAUUGACAACACGAACAAAAAUGGUAAAUCCAUAAAUAAAAUAAUAAUAAUUAUCACUACUGUAUAAGAUGUUUAAUGUUUUAAUAAAAGUUAUAAUAAUAUAUGGAAUUUAUACAAAAAUUAAAUGUUUAUUCAACAUGAUUUAUUAUUAAUUAUUUAUUGCGACGCUAGAAGUGAUAGUUGUGAUAACGGAGGUAGUCUUGGAUAAUAGCGUUAGUUUCCUAUAACAGGAAAGUACUAAUUAAAGAUGUCUAAUAUAAGUAAUAUUUAACUUCAAUUUUAUUAAAACACAAAAAAAAAUCAUAUUUUAAACUUUAAAUUCAACUCUUAAUAGUUUUAAACUUUAUGUAGGUACUUAGGCAGGGAUGUAUACUUAAAAAUGAGUAUCUAGAUACUUCAUGCAUUGAUUUUCAGUAUCUAGAUACAAGAUAGGUACUCAAUAUUUACAUUUUAUGUAGGUAUUUAUAUAUUAGAUGCUCAGUACAUUAAAAUAUUGAUUAAAUUGUUUACACAUGCUUCAUCUUAAAAAUGCAAUUGUUAUUUGUUUGAAAUAUUUUUUGAAAUUCUAAAAGAUUUUUUAAAAAUCCAGGGUAAGAAAUGACUGAUGCAAACUAUGCAAAAGAUGUUUCAUAAUGAGUAUCUAGAUACUAGAUACAUCAAUUUCAGAUUACAAUAUUUUGUUUAAGAUACUGCUCAACCCUGUACCUAGGUAUAAAACUUAUUUUUGUUUUUUGGCUUGGACUAUAAAAUCAUUACUUAAUAUGUAUUUUAUUUUAUUUGAAUAAUUAUCUUUAUAAUUAAUUUUAAUACUAUUAAAAUUAAAUUUGAUUUGAAUUGUGUGUAUAUUUUAGUUAUUUUGGCGGAAAUAUUGGAAUCUCUUACGACCUGUGAAAAUGCAUUGAAUUUAGAAGAUGCUAAAAAUAAGGCUGGCAAUGAUAUGCUAAAAGUUAUGCAAUAUGUCUAUCCAAUUGUUGUUAAUACUCAAAUAGAUGUUAUAAAAAAAUAUGGACUUCCAGAAGGACGGGAAGGUAAUUAAUGCAUAAUAAUAACAGUACUCGUCUAGUAUGCUAUCUACUGCUACUUUGUUGAUAUAGUAAGCUACUUAACUACCUUUUCUUAAAGAGUGAUAAGUUUGGCAACCUUUUUUCUGACAUUGUAAAUUAGUAGUUUUUAAUAAAUCACCAUUUGAUUCCCUUUUAUGAUUAUUUUUUUGGUAUUAUUUCAACAUGCUUCCACAAAUAACACCGUCUUUUAAUUCGGAACACCUACCAAGUUCUGGCAGCAAGUUUCUUUCUUGAAGAUAAUUAACACAUGUUUCCUCAUUUAAUAUUAAAUGCUCGUACAAAUAGCCAAUUGAUUUAUUCAUUAUAUUUUUUUAAAUAAAAUUACAAAGUAAAACUUGCAACGAAAUACACAUACGCUAACACAACACAGACUAAAUUAAUAUAUCUAAAAGCAAAUUAUCGUGGAUCUUGGUAAAUAUUUAUCAGUUAUCAUAAUGGCUACUUUAGCUAUAAUUUUGUACAACUGUUAUAAUGUGUUAUUUAUCGUAAUGACUAAAAUGUAUUUUCUCACAAUAAAAUGAAAUAGAAUUAAAAUAAAUAUGGUAGGUAGCAUACAAGAUGAGUACCAUAAUAACUAAUAAAGUUUUUUUUUUUAUUAACUGGGUGUAAACCCUACACUGAAUAACAUUUAUUUUUAAUACAUUAUUUAAUUCUUUACAUUUAUUAUAUUUAGAUUAAUUUAAUUUUUUUUUUUUUUCAAGGAAUAAUAACAUUUACUAGAAGUGUUGUUGCAUUUGAGAAAGAUGAUAGGGUAGUAGCCGAUUUACAUCGUCAGAUUCGAUCAUUUUAUUUACCACCAGUCAAUGUUUCUAGUGCAGUUACUUCCCAUGUUUAAAAUUAAUUUUAGUAUAUUUAUGAAGGUAUAAAAUCUAAUGUUUAUGAGAUUAUAUUGAUUCCUUUAACAGAACUUAAAAAAGUAAGCUUUUUACUUGGUUUUGAUUAUAUUUAACUAUUAUUUAUUUUUAUUUUUAUUUUUAUUUUGUAUGUUUUAUUAUUUCUAAAUAAUAUAAUUAACUAAUAAUUAAUAAUUCCAUAUUAUAAAUUAAAAAUGUUAUGAUGAAUUAACUAUUAAUAUUUAUAAAAAUUAUAUAUCUAGAUAGAAUCACAAUAUUUUAUACUUUUUUAUAUUUUGAAAAUAUUUAUGUACAAGCAAUAUUAUAUUAUUAAUUAUUCAAAUGAGUAGAACAGGACUUAUGUCCAUGGUGUAGAAUUACUCCACUUGAAUCUUUAUUAGGUAAUAUACCUAUGUUAGCAUAAAGUAUAUUUCCAUAUAAUGUACUACUUUAAAUAAAAAAUUGUAAAUGUAUCAUUAUUUUUAUUAUUAUUAUUAAAUCCUAGGAAAACAUAUAUAAUAAAAGCUAUAAUCAAUAUUUUAUUAAGAGAUUAAUAGAAUAAUAUAAAUGAGAAAACAGGAAAAAUGUAUAAGUAAAAAACAAAAUCUAAUGUUGAUAAUGAAUGUGCCUACCUGUAUAGGUGGAAGCCUACAAAAUAUUACGUGUCACAAAUAUUAUGAAUCCAAUGUAUCACAAAGAUAUAAUCAGGAAAAUAUUGUGUGACAAAAAUACCGCUUCGUCAUUGAAAUAUAUUUAUUUUGUUAAAUACUCAAUAGUUUAUCCAAUUUGUAGAUUGCUUAUUACCAUCAUUUUUCAUUUAUACUGUUUCACAUUUUUGUUCCAUUUUUUUUUACUUAAAACUUAACAAAAUAUUAAUUACCUUUCUACAUAUUUUAUGUACAUAGC